CAGGCUCGCCCUCGGGACGCAGCGGGACGCAGCUGAGGAGAGAGAAAGAGAGGGAGAGGCAGGAGCUGGACAGCUACUACCCCCGAGGCGAGAAGGCAGGCAACACGGAGGGACUCAGGGGCAGGCGGAGCUGCGACAGGAAGAGAAAAUCCAUUCUGGAGAGACUCUUCUUCAUCGCCUCACCCUAUGGAGGAACCAGCACUGCCCAUCCACAUUGAGGAGGGGACAGACGUUCCAACUGAAAACAAAAACAUGGCAACAAAGGAGAAACUCCAGUGUUUGAAAGAUUUCCACAAAGACAUUCUUAAACCUUCGCCCGGCAAGAGCCCUGGGACACGGCCUGAGGAUGAGGCUGAAGGGAAGCCUCCACAACGUGAAAAGUGGGCCAGCAAGAUUGACUUUCUCUUGUCUGUGGCUGGAGGAUUUAUUGGAUUAGGCAAUGUUUGGCGAUUUCCGUAUCUCUGCUAUAAAAAUGGCGGAGGUGCAUUUCUCAUACCUUAUUUCAUUUUUCUGUUUGGGGGAGGUCUUCCUGUAUUUUUCCUGGAGGUUGCACUUGGACAAUACACCUCUGAAGGAGGAAUUACAUGCUGGGAAAAGAUCUGCCCUAUUUUCACCGGAAUUGGUUAUGCUUCCAUAGUGAUUGUGUCCCUUCUGAAUGUGUAUUACAUCGUCAUCCUGGCUUGGGGACUGUACUAUCUAUUCCAGUCUUUUACAACUGUUCUGCCUUGGGCUUACUGCAACCAAGAGUGGAACACACCAAACUGUGUGGAAGACACUAUCAGGAGGAACAAAACAGCCUUGCUGACACUGAAUACCACUAAUUUCACAUCUCCUGUCACAGAGUUUUGGGAGCGCAAUGUGCUAAGUUUGUCUUCAGGAAUUGAUGAACCUGGUGUUGUCAAAUGGGACCUGGCUCUUUGCCUCCUCCUUGUUUGGGUUGUUUGUUUCUUUUGCAUCUGGAAAGGUGUGAAGUCCACUGGGAAAGUUGUAUAUGUAACAGCUACAUUUCCAUUCAUCAUGCUCUUUGUACUCUUAAUUCGUGGUGUCACUCUACCUGGAGCUGCAGAAGGCAUCAGGUUUUAUCUUUACCCUGACAUCACUCGUCUGUCGGAUCCACAGGUCUGGAUAGAUGCUGGCACACAGAUCUUCUUUUCCUAUGCAAUCUGCUUAGGUGCAAUGACUUCCCUGGGGAGCUACAAUAAAUACAAAUACAACUGCUAUAGGGACUGUUUGCUGCUGGGAUGCCUGAACAGUGGUACCAGUUUUGUGUCUGGCUUCGCAAUUUUUUCCGUCCUGGGCUUCAUGGCACAAGAGCAAGGGGUGGACAUUGCUGAUGUGGCAGAGUCAGGUCCAGGCUUGGCCUUUAUUGCCUAUCCAAAAGCUGUGUCCAUGAUGCCACUCCCAACUUUUUGGGCGAUCCUUUUUUUUAUUAUGCUUCUGUUGCUUGGCCUGGACAGCCAGUUUGUUGAAGUUGAAGGACAGAUCACAUCUUUAGUUGAUCUGUACCCAUCCUUCCUAAGGAAGGGUUACCGACGGGAAAUCUUCAUCGCUAUAAUAUGUUUCCUCAGCUAUCUUCUGGGACUAUCUAUGGUGACUGAAGGUGGCAUGUAUGUGUUUCAACUCUUUGACUACUAUGCAGCUAGUGGUGUAUGCCUUUUGUGGGUUGCAUUCUUUGAAUGCAUUGCUGUAGCCUGGGUUUAUGGCGCUGACAAAUUUUAUGAUGCCAUUGAAGAUAUGAUUGGUUACAGACCUGGUCCCUGGAUGAAAUGGAGCUGGAUUUUAAUUACACCAAUUCUCUGUGUGGGGUGCUUUAUCUUUUCUCUGGCCAAGUAUACACCGCUGACCUACAACAAAGUAUACAUAUAUCCUGAGUGGGCAAUUGGCCUGGGCUGGAUUCUUGCCCUCUCUUCUAUGAUCUGUAUCCCACUUGUUAUGGUCAUCCGCAUUAUACAGUCUGAUGGCUCUCUCAUUGAGAGGGUGAAGGCUGUGGCUGCCCCACGUGACAUAACUGAGUGGGGCAGAGAAUCAGAGAUUGUGAGUCCCUUCUGCCCCCCUGGAGUGGCCAAUGGUGAUCUCAUCAAGCCAUCUCAUGUCAUCGUGGAGACAAUGAUGUGAGCUUUCUCUCUCUAUGAGAGGAAUCGCCUGCUUUAAAACUGCCGUUUACUAACCAUAGAAAUCUCUCAUAGGACCAGGUUUACAGAGCUUUAUAUUUGCACUAGGAUUUAUUUUUAUUUCUCACAGAGAAAGUUAUUUUUUGUGUGUGUUUUGGUUUUUAUUUUUUUAAUACUUUGUAAAGUAAAUCACAGCAGAUGCCUCUCAUUCUUCUUAAGAGGUGGAGCUUUCAUAUCAAAUUAGGCACAUUGCAGGAAUUUGCUGUAUUUUCCCCCACACAACAUAUCUAACUAACUUCUACUCAUAAUACCUUCUUACUGCUUGAGUUGAUUUUUCUCACCAGCUAUACACACAGGCCACAGUCCUAUAUGCACACUCAUUUGGGAAUCUGCCCAUGGACAGACUGGGGCUUACUUCUGAAUAGAAAUGUGUAGGGUUGCACAGACACAUACAUAUAUGAAUAUAUGCGUAUACAAGUCUUGGAUUUCUUUAGGUGCUGGUGUGGUUGGGAACAGGGUAAAAAUUAAAAAAAAUUACAAAAAGCAACUUUCUCAUUAGAGAAAUUUGCUUUAUAUGCUAUUUGAAGAAACUGGUUUUCAAAGGUAUAGCACUAUCUUCCUCUGGCUGAAGUGGGGAGAAUGAAAACAGGAAAGGGUACAUGCUUUUAUGUUUGCUGUGAUCCAUGUAAGGAUCUAUUUGUAUGUAUAAUUGGAAAAGCUGCAAUAUGGGUCAGGGAUGGGAGCAGUUAGGAACCAAGGGAACAAUGCAAGCAACAACCACCUCUAGAGCACACUUCGUACAUAAGCAGCCAUUUACGACCUUCCCAAGUGAGGCUUUGCUUUUCUUCCAUCAAAAGAUUUCUCUCAAGUCAUUCAGCUAUAUUCCUUAUCCAAUAUAACAAAACAGGCACCCUGUUUAGUAAUAUAUACAGGCAUAAGUCCACUUUAUGCUUGAGUAUGUAUUCUUUUCUGGUUGUCCAAAUCCCACUAGGGCCCAAAGGAGUGCUGUUCUGUUGAAGUGUCUGGCUGUGUUUCCAUAGCUGGAAGCAGAUCAUCCUCUGACACAUCUGGAAAACCCAAGUAGAUCUUGGUGGAAGAUGUCCUCAGUCUGCAUCUGGCUAAGACACAAUGGCAGAUGGUUCUCUGAUCCCUGUUCAGCUCUUCACUAGCAUGGAAUGACCAUGGGAUCACAAUGCAAUGGUGAGCCCUUGAGCAGAACUCUUACACAACACUUGGCCAUGUAGGACAGAGGUGUCAACCUUGUGGCCCUCUUGCUGUUUUGAACUUCAGCUUCCAGAAUCCCUGGCCUUUGGCAAGCAGGCUAGGGCUUCUGGGAGUUGAAGUCCCAAACAUUUUUGAGGGCCACAAGUUUGACACCUCUGAUGUAGGAUCUCGACUGAUAAGUGUAUAUAUUGACUUCUGAGAAAGCUCUGAGUACAGCUGUUUUUCUUUUUAGCCUCCAUCAUAGAUUACCUAUGAUUCUUCAACCUUUCUUACUGUACACAGAGACACAAGAAAACUGGACAGAUCACUCAGGUGAUCCUAGAACAAUGUAGAAAUUGGUUUACUUUUAAAGGACUGUAGUGUGAAAUGGAUUGGUUUUGACUUGAAAUUUCUUUUAACAGUAGGCUGGUGACAAAAAGCAGAUAGAUACUUCAGAAGUAUGGUGUAAUUCAGAGUUCUGUUUUGAAUCACAAAUUUGCCAAAAUUUAUCAUUUAUCAGGGCACGGAAAGGAGUGUUGGGCCUGUAUCGUGGAAGUCAGAUGAGUGAGAUAUUGAUCACUGAUCCAGAGUUACAGGCUAUGAGAGAAAAAAUUAAAAAGGCCACCACGUGAGAGAAAAGGAGUAUAGAGACCUAGAUCACAGUCUUCACAGGCAUAAGCAGAGUCAUCAUUUACUUACUCACAUUGAGAUGAGGAAGCACAAGGAGCUGAAGCGAGCAACAAAGACGUUUUGGUUUGAAUGAGGCACGAAACACCUGGAGAAGAUUUUAAUCAGUAGUCUAAAUAUUGAGAUUUUUCCCACUUCCUUCAAAAAUAACUAUUUUCUUCUGGAAAUUUUGAAUUUAGACAGGCUACAUUUUAUUUUUUAAUUAUCCUCCACUUUCACUGUUGGAUGAAGGUGUUAGCCCUUUCCUCAUGGCUAUUGAUUGUGGGGAGUGCUUCCCCACUUUUAAGGGAGUUUUGGCACCAAAUAAAAAAUGGACAGGAUUAUAAGCCAGAAGUGGAAGCAAAGCCUUUAUUUGUGCUAUUAUUGCUUGGUUAACCUGUCAGGGACAAGUACAGCAUUUUAAACUGGAACCAAACCAGUAUUUGAAAACAUUCCUACAUGUGUUUAAAGUAACAACAGCAACUUAAGAAACAACAUGCCUCCUAUGCUUUUGGUGGCCACUUCAUGUUAGUUAUACACAUGCUUGCUAAAUUAUGUUAGUUUUUUCAUAACAUGGAAAUAAUUUUAAAUAAAAAGGACCAAAGCACAGCUAUUUGCAAGUGUCUUGUAUACAAAUACAUUUAUAUAGUGGAUGGAGUCUGUGAUAUAUUUUAUAUGAAGGAAUUAAAUUUUCAGUGCACAGCAGUGACAGAGGUCAGGGCGCUUACUUUUUUUUCACUUAAUGUGAGCUCAAAAUCGAACACCAUCGAGUCCUAGCCCUGUAGAAAUUAUGAAUAUCUUGCUGCAUUACAGACAAUGGAAUGGUUAACUCUAUAUAAGUAAGGAACCCAGGGAAUGCUACUGUUUUCCAUUCAUUUUGGCAUAGAGGGCAUCUGUAAUCCAAACUCCAAUGCUGUCUGAAGCAGAGCUCCAAUUUAAGCUAACGAUUGCCAGAUCUGACCUGUUAGCAAUCAUUCACACUAUUGAGAGGCAACAAGGAGGCAGUUCAGACAUUUUAACAGUUAAUUCCCCUACUUUCCACAGUGCAUUGUGCAUUAAAGAUGCUGCAAUAUUUUGACAAAUGAAUGACAAAAGGAGUCAAAGAAUCGAAGAAAAGCUGCUAAGCCAAAUGCAAAUGUCUAUCCAGGGGAUAUAAUCUAAAUUAGCUUUCCUUAGUCUUGGCCAUCAUUGCUGUGGAUGAUGGGAGUUGUAUUCCACAAUCGAGGAUGUGCCAGGGUAGGGAAGGUUGCUCAAAGCACACAGUAUGGAAAGAUAACCAGACCAGAAAAACUCCAUCCUGCACCUUUAUAGAGUUUUAGCUAAAAGUGAGCAGUGCCAGAUAGAACCAUCCCUAUCAUUUGGCAGAGCUAGGCAGCCAAGUCAGGUGGCAAAUAUGAAGGGGAGUAACAACAGGCACACAACCAUUAUGUUUUGUAGGAGGACAGAGCUUACAUGCCACAGAGCCUGUCUCGCACCCCUUAAAUUAGCCUGCUGUCUUCUGCUUCAGAGGAGAACACUAUCUCAUCCUCACAGAUGAAAUACAGUUCAGCUGCCAAUCCAGUUCACUUCUGUACGUGACAUGAGAUAGGUGCCAUUUUGCCUCUGAAAGUUCAUUUUGAGGUUACAUUGUGCCAUUAGAAUCUGUUGCUUCCAUGCGGAAAUGAAAGAAUGUUGUAGUCAUGUACGAGGUGAUCUUGAGAGGUCGUCUGUCUAGUUAGCUUUAGCUGGGUGGGGAUUAAAGCCUGGACCCCUUCAUUCAACCAUCCCUCAGUUUUUCUUGUUUUUUUUUUUAACAAGCACAUUUUCACAUCACAAAAUAUCUGAGAAAAAUGGAAUGUGGUAACUCUUGAAUGUCUAUAGAAGAUUCUGCCAAAUUAAAGGGCAAUGGGUGGGGGUGGGAUGGGGGGGGCAGAGUGGGAAAAAUGUAAACAACUGUUUGUAUUUUCUACUUAUUUAUGAUUGCAAAGAGACUGAUUUUUUCUAAUUUACUUUGUAGAAAUUUGUGGCCUAUUUUAUCUGUCAUUUGUAACUAAGAAGUUAAAUAUUCAGUAUUGUGACUAACUGUUGGUGAAACUGGUUUGGAUAUGGGGAGAUAUUGCCGGGGGUGGGUGGGAGCUGUAGUAGCCUAAAUGUUUGUUCAAAGAAAUGAUUGCAUGUCCAAAAAAGAGGUAGGGGGAUGCGGAGAGAAUGUGAGCAUCAUUUUUACGGUUGAUGUUUCCAUAAAAGCGGCAUGUUCCCUAAAUUGUGCCCUGUCGGUUGAAAUCCAAAAAUGUUAUGAAAGCAACUGGGAACACAUGCUGGUAUCCAGUGAAAAUCAAUUGGGCACAUAUACAUAUACAUCUGUAGUCAGCAUUUUCAGAUCUAGCUCUGAGAGGAGCAGUUUUGAAAGUUACCCUAAAAUCUAUGUCUUCUUAACCAAAUCUCCAAAAUGCCAACAUCCAUACUUUAAUUAGCCAUGAUCUCACUGGAUGACACUGGUUAUAAAUAAUACAUAUCUUGUUCCCACAUCUUUGUAUUUGAGACUAGUGAAAAUAUAUUCUCAGGGCAGCAUGCAGACUGAGAGAAUGGUUUCCUGUUUGAGCUGGAACAGUUGAGCUGCUUUCAAGCCUGCAGAGACAGAAAGAAAAUGAGUAGCUCCCAGACAGGUGUCCCAUUGAGACCCAUGGAAAAAUUGGGGGCUCCCAUUUGCUUUAAAGUAUAAUAUAUUCAGAUCUGGCUUAAAUAGUAAAGCAAGCCAUAUUUACCUGGAAGUUAAGUACUAUCUGUCAGCGGAAAGGAUACUGAAUGUGUGUACAGUUUUUUACAGCUUGCUUUACUUGGGAAAACUUGAACUCAUAGGUCUGAAUUCAGACCCACUUUCCCUCUGUGACCUCUUUAAGCCUGCGGCUGCUGCUUCCUAUAGAGCUCAUACAAAUCAGAGGUGAUUUCUAUACUGUAUUGAGUAAAGCACCAUGGCUGAUGAAACUGUACUGAGCAGAAGAUUAUACAUGUUUUCAAAGACAAUCACAUUUCCACUGAAAAAUAAUAGUAGUCAUCCCAGGAUCAAAGGUAGCUUUUCUUCUCUAUGAGAACAGAUUGGAAAGAAAUUGCUUUGUUUCUUUUCUAUUUACUGAAGUUGAAUUAGUUUACAUUACUUGAUUUUUCCAAGAAUCAAAUAGUUUCAUAGAAGAAAGAGUGAACUAAUUAUCCCCUUGAGAUAUCAACUUCAAACACACACCCUCUCAAACAAUUGGCCAAACAGUGAAUUCUGGCUGUCUGAAUAGUCUUAAAUUGAUCCAGAACAUGGAUAGAACUCAGAGCCUUGCAUCUAAGAGUAAGGAAUACUGAUCAUUAGUUGCCUCCAGGGUUUGGAUGUCACUAGGAUGUGACCUCUGUCAUGUUAUAUUAAUCUGUUAAAUCUAGAGUCCACUAAUCUCUUGGCAGGAGGGAUGUAAUUUUAGACCAGUACAUCCUGGUUUUGCACCUGUCUCUGUCUAACUCUCCAAUUUCCCUUUAAAAGCAACUGCUGACUACUUAGCCUGCAUUUCAGUUAAGCCAGAGUCCUGUGAUUCAAACCACUUCUGCCCCAUUUACUCCAGUGCAACUUAAUCCACACUGGUCCAGACCCUGUAACAUAAUGGAGUUACAUCACAGGCUGUUGGUUACCCCUUUAAAGACAUACACAUAGACACAUGACAUGUGAAAAAAGGAAACGUCAGUCCUGGGGAUUCUGGUGAAACAAUGUGAUAACUAUAUAUGGCUAGAUCUGAAAAUAAACAUUACAAAGUUUUUUUUAAAACCAGAACAAAUUUCUAACAUCCGUAUUGAACAAAAUGUGGCAAAAGAAAACCCAUUAUCUCCCUUCUUGUACUUGUAUGUUUACAUUUCCAGUUUCCAAAACAUAGAUCUCUUCCUGCUUAGUAGAGGCUUGAUUCAAAGUGGUUGUCUACUACAGAGACAUGCUCUUAAACAUGUUUACUUGCAAGUAAGACACACCAAGUUUAGUGAGACUUACUUUCUAGUACAUAUAAUUAGGAAUGCAGCCUUAGCUUUGUUUAUCUGGAGGUGGAGGUCACAGAGAGUCUGCUAGUGUGUAUUUGUUUGCUGGCCCUUCACAUUUUGGAAGCAAGGUGGUGUAGAGUAGGCAGCUGACUUUCUAAAGAACUCGUUUUUUGAAGGGCCAGACAGGUUAGUUAAAAAGGUUUCUCAGCAGAUCUGAUAACUGCCCAAAUUAUAUUAAAAGCAGCAACUCUGUAUGUGUGUGUGUGACUGUGUAAAGAAAGCCAGCAUUGGAUGCUAAGGAACCAAAUGACGGUCUGAGAUUGUUCAUCAGUGUCUCUCUCCCCAUCCACCCACGAGGCAAAGCAGUACAAUGCUCUGAUACAUUCACUGUUGUAAUAGAACACUGUCGUGUUGUUGCUGUAUUGUGCUGUUGCAAUUGUGAAAGGAAUGCAAUUCCAGGGGCUUUGUGGUUGUGAAAUAAGACAGAGGACGUCUUUAUUCUACUGAAAACAUUGUUGAGCAGUUCUGAAUUUUAUUUAAAUUCACACUUGUGACUACUGACUGUAACAGAUAGCCACAUGGAUUUUAGAGGGUUUUAAGAGGAUUUGUCCUCCUCUUAAAAAUAAUUUUUAAAAUAAUUUUUUUAAAAAGACAUUUUAAACCUGUUUGUCAUCCUUAUUGUUCCAAAAUGGAAUAUUUGUAUAGGAAUACAAAUUUGGCGUGUACUUCAGCCCUGAAAAUUAGGUUUUUUCGAUGUAUACAGUAAAUGUUUGUAUUUUGCAGUUUUACCUGUUUUGCUUUUUAGAUAAAGAAAAAUGUAUAUUGAUAUUGUAAAGUCAUUUUUUGCUUUUUUAGAUGAGUUUGUAAUCAUCACAAACAGAAAAAAUAAACUUUUCCUUUGUAAAGUCAA